AUGCAAGUUGCAUUUGCCCAGUCAAAUCUGGCAGGACGUGCCAAGACUUGGGCACUGGGGCUCAAGUUGCACGACCCAUAUGCGUUUGGGUCGUUGGAAGUCUUCAAGUCGCGGCUCAGACAAACGUUUGAACCGCCUAGAGCUGAGUUCAGAGCUCGAACCGAACUCUUGAAGCUCAAGAAGGGUAAGCGUGAUGUGCACGCUUACGCGCAACAUAUACGACAUCUUACGAGUUGUAUAAGUUCCAAUCCGGUGGAUGAACACACGUUGGUUUCGGUGUUCAUGCAGGGUCUUGCGGAUGGUCCCGUCAAGACUCACCUGUUCCGGCUUGAACUAGAUUCACUAGAACAAGCCAUUUCCAUUGCGGAGCAGGAAGGCUUCAGUCUCGAGACAGGCUCGCGCCAGCUCGACAUCAGAUCGUCAACCGAGACGAUAUGA